AACCCUUUCUUCUUCUUCAGUCUCUCAUAAAAAUCUUGAAUCUCUGUUCAUCUCCCUCUCUUACUCGCAAAGAUUCUCUCUCAGUUUCGUCCUUCAUCUCUUUCCCCCCAAUCUCUCAAAUUACUCGCUGUGGAAUUGACCAUCAAAAGAAUGACUGAAGCUAUGGUUGCUGAUACCGGCGGAUGCGCCGUUCCCGCCGUCCACUCUGAGGAAAUUUCCGAAUCUUGCUCUCUGCUUCCCGCGCUGAAAGAUUCGCCUCAGCCAUCACCGACCAUCGACGCUGCUCCAUCUCCUGCAGCCGUAGAAGAUGAUCGUUCGCUUCUUGCGGGCAACAAUCCCAGUUCUCAUCCUCUCGAGAAGGCUGGAUGCGUAGUUUCUGAAGUACUGGUUGAUGACCAUGCUCAAGAAACGCUGGUUCUUGGUCGCUGUGGUGGCAAGAUGGUAACUUGCGCUAAUCCGGUUUCUGGGUACUCCGCCGCUGCGGAAGAUGUCGACGGUAGAGUGGAGGUUUCGGGCGGGGAGAGUUUGUUGGAGGUGAAGAAGAAAAAAUUGCUGGCUGAUCUUGAAGGUGGAGCAAUCUUUAAAGGGAAAAGCUUCCUGGGUAAUGUGGUCGAUGGUUCCAAUGGAUUUGAGGAAUCUGAUGGACCUUCUCUCAAGGUUCAGUUAAUCGAUGACACCGUGCUGAUCGAACCGGUUUCUGUCUUUCGAAACGUUCAGAACGAGAGGCAGCAGGUGAAUGGGGGAAACGUGAAGAGGAAUGGGUUUCAAGGUGCUGGUGAUGGAAAGAAGAAGAGGCCAAGAAGGAAGAGGAAAGAUUCGGUUAAUGAGAAACUGAAUCGAGCUUUGGAGCCUGAAAAUCGUGGCGUUGGAGGUUUAUAUCCAGUGAAUGGAAAGUAUUCGAGGAAGGAGUUGGAGGAGAUGAGGUUUCUGAACAUUGUGGAGCAAAGGAGAAUCUGGAGUAGUAUAUACAAUGGAUUAGGGGCUGCUGUUGUGAAGGAGUAUGAGGAGUUGGCUUGCUCAAGGAACCAGAAGAACUUGCACCAGCGGAACUGUGAUUCCUCCAGGCAUCCACGCUUUGGAAGUCAAGCUGCUGCUACUGCUGGCGCUUCAAGUGUACUUGGGGAAGAAUUGUCUUCCGAAAAUGUGGAUGAUGAGUUAGAAAACAUUGAGGACGUUGAUAGAGAGAAUCUGAGUUUGGGUCCUUCCUGCAGUCAGGAGAUUGUGGGUGGUGAAACUCCCGAUACAGUUGCAGAAGAGCAGUAUGAUGAAGAAGAUAAUAGUGAUGAUGAUUAUGCCAGCAUCCAGAAGCCGGCUUUUCGUAUAGAAGGAGAACCGAAUUUUGAUUCUGGACCUCCAGAAGACGGAUGGGAAUAUCUAAGGCGUGUCAGGUGGGAAGCUGCUCGUAUUCCCAAAGUCAAAGUUGCUAAGCUUGAUCAGCAUAAGAUUAAGAAAGAGCAAAGUGUUUAUAUGCCUCAGAUACCUGAUAUCCCCAAGUGUCCAGACCAUCUACUGCCUUCAAAAACUUGGGAAGACGCAUUUCUGGCCGACUUUUCACAGCUGCGACUGCUGUUGGCAAGAGAUGAAGAAUCUGAUGAUCUGAUUUCUCAUAAACCUCAACCAGUCACCAUAGCCCACGAGAAGGACGACGAAACUCAGUUCCAUCUGCUCACCGAGAAUAUCAUUCUCGAAAAUGUUAAUCACCUCUGCCCAGAAAACGAUGAUCCUAAUGGUCCCCCCGAUGGUUCUGAUCUCGAGAACAUGGUUGAUCAUGCCUCAUCAUCAUCAUCGCACUCGAUCACCGACGAGGGUAAUAAGCUGCCUGCACCUUCCCUCACUCCAAAAACUACCACAACCAGAGUCGAGGACAGUUCAACUAGCCACCCAGCCUUAUCUGCAAUCCUAGCGAUGGACUCUGUGGUUCGAGUCUCCACUCUGAAGAAACGGAUAAGCUCUGCAGAAAGCGCAACGACGACCAGUUUAUCGAAGAACGACUGCCUGUGGCUAUUUGCUCUUUGUGCAGUGGUCGAUACCCCGUUGCUGGCUGAUACCAGCGCCGCCAUUCGUGGGCUGCUGAGAAAAUGUGCCUGCCUUCGAGCUGCCAAGUCCGAGCUGGACGAUGAGGUUGUGAUGUUGAAUAUCCUGGCGACCAUCUGUGGGAGAUUUUUUGGCCAGGCUGAAUGCUAAAACCCAACCCUCUUUCAAACGCAGGAGUCUUUUGGCUCUCUGGGGGGGACCUCUACUAUUUCAUCCACCACCCUGUUUUCCUAGUUGGCUCUCUGCUUGCUGGAAAGUUACCUACUAUGAUGCCUUUAAAUUUAUAAACUUUUCCCUCGGUUUUUUAUCGGAGGUUGAACCGAAAAAGUUAUUGAUUUAUGGUUCAUUGGUUUAUUGUUAUAAAAAUAAUAUUUGAGUUUAAUCUGUCUCACAAAAUAUAUAAUAAUAUUUUAUUAAAUUUAAGUUAGUAAUUAGGUUGACAAUAGGUAGUGGAUUCACACAAAGUCGUGGUUUAAUCAUGGUUCAACCGCUUUAUACCGUAUACUGAUUUAGCCUCCAGUAGGAGGUUUUUCUCGUCAAACCAUCGGUACGCUAUGGGGUUUCAUCAAUCCAUGUAAAAUAGUGAACCCAUAAAUUAGUCAAAGGGAGUUCUUUAUCUAGUUUCGUGUCCAACUAUUUUAAAAAAAAAAAUUGAACAUGUUUGAUAAUUUUUUCAAAGUACAGGGGCAUAUUUUAUGUAAAAAAUAGUAGAGAGACAUGUUUGAUAAUACAACAUAGUAGAGAAACAUAUUAUACUUAUAACCCUUUAAUUAAUUAAUCAACAUUUACAUACCGGCCAACUCCAACACAUAUGCUAUUUUGGAGGUCACUUCCCAUUAACCAAUAAUUAUGAGUAUCAUAUUGAUUACAUUCCCAUCAAGUUUGAUCCCCCACCAAUAAAAGGGUCGACUGGAUGGAUACCACAAACAAUAAACUCUUUUCAUCGUUAUUUGAGAUCAUCUUACACACCAUAUUUUUCAAAUGUAUAAAAAUGAAACGUAUUAUAUAUUAUACGGUUAUACUUAUAUCUCAACCAAGUUGUGUAUUUGAUUGAAUUAUAAGUUAUCCUAAUAACUUUAACUCUUCCCUUGUCACAUUCUCUUAAUAAAUCAAUUAAUCUACAUACACUAAUAAUCACUAUCAUAUUAAUUAACAUUCACAUACAGUUUCGAUACCAUAUCAAAACCUCACAUCAUCUAUCUAUAGCCAAAUAAAUAACCUGAAAAUUU